UUGUUUCCAUCUCUUAAUUGAAGCUUUGUUUUUAAAGAGAAAUAAAACGACAAAAUGAAAAUGAAGAUUGAAAUGAGGGUGAUAAUAUUGGUAGGAAUGGUAUGGUUGUCAAUGACAAUAAUGCCCUCAUCAGCUAAAAAUGAUUCUUGGGAGGGAUUACCAAUCUGCUGGCAAAAGAUGCAUGAAUGCGCCUUCAAGAUGGGUUUACUAGGGUAUUUCGGCGGAUGCUGUAAGGUGAUCAGACCAGCAGUAGCUAAUACAACGUGUUUCUGUAGUAUCAGUAACGAUCAUUUUAAGCAGACUACCAAUAAAUCGGCCGAUGAUUACAAAUGGUCGGCUAAACACUUUCUUCGUCGAUGUAAAAUCAACUCUACUUUUGACGAUAUUUGCGAGGGGGUGAGCAAAUCUGAUGGUGGAAGCCGGUAUAAUGGUGCCAUCAAGAUUGUAUUUGUUAUUGGAUUAUUCAUGUUUCACUUUUUGUUUUGACGAUGAUAAUGCCUUAAUGAGGGAUCAAUUGGUGUUUUGAAAGUAAUCAUAUAGACUUGUAAACUUUGUGUUUUGAAAGUAAUCAUAUAGACUUGUAAACUUUUUUACCGUUAUAUAUGCAAGGAAGGGUUUGAAAAUUGUGAAAGAUCAAACAUCAAGCGUUCUCCCUAUCGAAUCGGUGUUAGCACCCGAUUCACCCUUAGAGCUAAUUCGGAUUCAGGGCGAGUUUUUGGUGGAUAGGUUCCAGUCACCUCUCAAUUGUUGUUGCGGGGGAUCGAACUCGAGUUCUUCCUACCAAAUUCAGCCUCAAUCACCACCAAACCAACAAACAAUUAAUAGAGAUAUACUGAGUAUGACUGUGAAUGAUGCCUACUUUUCCUAAAAUUCGGUCUUAUAAAGCUACUUGCAAGUUGCAACCAUAUC